UCACCGCGGAAGUGUUUUGAACGCGGGGCGCCAUCAGCCGGGCUGGAGUGAGAACGUGAACCUUUAACGGUGAACCGCCACCCAGCGGGCUGCGGGCGGCCUCUCCCUCCUCCCCGGCCUCUCCUGCCAGGCAUGCCCGCCUCGGAGCCGGUCCGCCUGGGUCGCAAACGCGUCCUGCCCCGCUGCCCCAACCCGCUGUUCCUCCGCUGGCUCACCGAGCUCCGGGACGAGGCGAGGGAGAAGGGCCUGAAGAUCCAGUACACCUAUCAGAAGGCGAUCUGCUCUCUGAAUAAAUAUCCGCUCCCGCUGCAAAACGCCAGAGAAGCAAAGAUCCUGCAGAACUUUGGAGACGGGAUCUGUAAACUCCUGGACCAGAAACUGGAGAAGUUCUACCGAGAGAAUGGCUCGGACGCCCCCAUCCACUCCCUCCCCGAAGGAGCGCCCCCUGCUGGCCCUGAAGCUCCGCCCACAAAGAUGAAGGCUGCAAGGGCUGAUGGGAAAGCUGGAGGAGGAGGGGGGAGGAAGAGGAGGCCGUAUGUUCCUCAGAAGGGAUCCGGCGGAUACGCCGUCCUGCUGACGCUCUACAGACACUCACAGAUCCCGGGAGCUAAAGGCUUCAUGUUCAAGCUGGAGCUGCAGUCAGAGGCUCAGCGUCUCUGCGAUAAGUCCUUCACCGUGCCCGACCCGGGCAGCAAGUACACCGCCUGGUCGUCGGUCAGCACGCUGAUCCAGAAGAACCUGCUGGUCAAGACCCACAAUCCCGCCAGGUUCAGUCUGACGGAUGAAGGCCUGGCGUUGGCUGAACGGCUGGAAUCAGCAGAGCAGGACAGCAGGAAGGAGGAAGAGGAGGAGGAGGAGGAGGAAGAGGAGGGAGGCGGUCCUGGAGUGGUCGACCUCACAUGGAGCGACGACGACAAGGAGGAAGGCAGGACGCCGUCGCCGACCGCCGGUUUGAGUGAGUUGUGUGACCGCGGCGCCUCCGGCAACCCGGCGGCCCACCGGCUCCUUCCCGGAAGCUACGACAUCGUUCUGUGUGUGGACUUCAUCGAGACCACGGGGGGCAGCAGCCACCGGAAGCAGGAGCUGGUCAAGGAGCUGCAGAGGAACGGCGUCGCCUUCGAUGUCCGCAAACUCAACGUGGGAGACUUCCUGUGGGUGGCUCGGGAGAAGGUCGCUCCGCUUCCAGGUCAGCUGCGAGCGCCCGACAGGACGGAGCUGGUUCUGGACUACAUCGUGGAGAGGAAGAGGAUGGACGACCUGUGCGGCAGCAUCAUCGACGGACGCUUCAGGGAGCAGAAGUUUCGUCUGAAACGCUGCGGCCUCCGCCGGCCCGUCUACCUGGUGGAGGAGUGCGGCUCGGCCGCCUCUCACCUGAGUUUACCUGAAUCCACGCUGCAGCAGGCCAUCGUCAACACGCAGGUGGUGGACGGUUUCUUCGUGAAGAGAGUUCAGGACGUGAGGGAGUCGGCGGCGUACCUCACCAUCAUGACCCGCCACCUGACCAAACUCUACCAGAACCGGACGCUGACGUGUCGCUCCAGAGAGCUGCAGGGCGACGCCCACGCCACCGGCGAGGUGGGGACGCCCUGCUGCUCGCUCAUGUCCUUCGCAGAGUUCAACCACGGCGCCGUGAAGAACAAGUGUCAGACAGUGAGGGAGGUGUUCGCCCGGCAGCUCAUGCAGAUCAGCGGUCUGUCCGGAGACAAGGCGGCGGCCAUCUUGCAGCAGUACAGCACGCCCAGCAGUCUGCUCGGCGCCUACCAGCGGUGUUCCAGCGAGUCCGAGAAGGAGAAACUUCUGUCGUCCAUCCGGUACGGGAAGCUCAAAAGAAACUUGGGUCCAGCUCUGAGCCGAACCGUGUACCAGCUGUACUGCACACAGGGGGCGCUCUCGUGAGCCUUGUAGCUACGCCGCUACGUUCACGUAAACAUGCUGCUAUUUUUACACAGAGGCUGUAAAUUCAAGAAUUUUGUACCAAUAAUAAAGUUUGUUAAU